UAAGACGUUCGCAGUGAUGUCACAAGAUGGCGACCACCAUGAUCCUGUGUAAUGUUGCGUCUCUGCGCAGUUUGUAAACAUGUCGGAUUUAAUUUAAUCCGUGUACGGGAUGGACGCCAGUAAGAAACAGCGUUAGUGAAAGACACAAAUAAAAAGGGAAGCGCAGUUUUGACAGGGACAGCUGCGUAACCUAAUAUAUGUUUAUUUGUUAUUGUUGCUAUCUCCUGAGUUCUGAUUUGACUUGGAAAUUAUUAUUAUUAUUAUUAUUAUUAUUAUUAUUAUUAUUAUUAUUAUUGUCUGAAUGAAAUGGACAUGGAUUUGCAGAGCGGAGGUGCGGGGCCUGUGUCCGGAGGGAUUCUGGGCAGUGGUAGCAAUGUCCCUGCCUUCCUAACCAAGCUCUGGACUUUGGUGGAAGAUCCAGACACCGAUCCACUGAUCUGCUGGAGUCCGAGUGGUAACAGCUUCCAUGUGUUCGAUCAGGGCCGCUUUGCAAAGGAGGUGCUUCCCAAAUACUUCAAGCAUAACAACAUGGCUAGCUUCGUGCGGCAACUCAAUAUGUAUGGGUUUCGAAAGGUUGUCCACAUUGAGCAGGGUGGCUUAGUGAAGCCAGAAAAAGAUGAUACGGAAUUCCAGCAUGCGUAUUUCAUCCGAGGCCAGGAGCUCCUUCUGGAGAAUAUUAAGAGGAAGGUGACCAAUGUUUCCAAUAUAAAACAUGAAGAUCUGAAGAUUCGCCAGGAUGAUGUGAGUAAGUUAUUGACUGAUGUCCACAUCAUGAGAGGGAAGCAGGAAGGCAUGGACUCCAAGCUGAUCUCCAUGAAGCAUGAGAACAAGGCUUUGUGGAGAGAGGUGGCCAGCCUGAGACAGAAGCACGCUCAGCAGCAGAAAGUCGUCAAUAAGCUUAUUCAGUUCCUUAUCUCACUUGUGCAGUCUAACAGGGUUUUGGGGAUGAAAAGGAAAAUUCCUUUGAUGUUGAACGACAGCAGCUCAGCACAUUCCAUGCCCAAGUACAGUCGGCAGUAUUCACUGGAACCCCUGCAGGGCUCACCUGCGUUCUCACCUACAUCCCAGUCCUACACAGGAGCAAACCUGUUCUCAGAUUCGUCAGUUAACUGUGGUCCUAUAAUCUCUGAUGUCACAGAUCUUCCACAGCUCAGUCCCUCUGCUUCCCCGAAUGACCAGACAGAGGAUGACAGCACCAGUCCCGCAGUCCUCAUAAAGGAGGAGCCCCUGAGCCCUGACGUGGAGCUCAUCGCUGUGGACGAGACUCCUGUCUCUCCUACCACCUUUAUCGACUCUCUCCUCGAGGACAGCGAGGCCAGUGGUGCCAGUGCUGGCUCCAGCUCAGCUCCAGCCCGGGAUGGGGAGAGGUGUCUAAGCCUGGCCUGUGUGGACAAUUUGCGUCGAUCUCCGCAGAUGUCCGAGGUCACUUGUGUUUUCCCCAGUCCCUCUUCCUCUCUUCAUCUGGGACCAGAACAAGGGAAUGACCUUUCUGAACAUUUAGAAACCAUUGAUUCCAAUUUGGAAAACCUGCAGACAAUCUUGACGGGACAGUCCAUCAGCUUUGAUUCCUCUCCUCUUUUUGAUCUGUUUGCCUCAUCCCUCUCAUCUACUGAUUUUAACCUGCCAGAUCUGGACACCAGCCUUGCAGGUAUCCAGGAAUUGCUGACACAGGAUCAGAAGUUCAUAGAUACAGCUGCAAACUCCUCUGACACUGGGAAACAGCUGGUUCAGUAUACAGCCCAGCCAGUGUUCCUGCUUGACCCCAGCAGUGCCGAUGAGGGAAGCGCAGACCUGCCUAACUUGUUUGAAUUGGAUGAUGACAACUCUUACUUUGGAGCUGGAGACGACUCUGAGGAUCCCACCAUCUCUCUGCUUUCAAACACCACCUACCAGUCAAAAACCAAGGACCCUUAGCCUGAAAGUUUGCCACUUCUGCAACUGUGCUUUAUUUUUCAGUGUAAAAUGACAAGUCUAUUACAUUUGUGGGUUUAUAUUUGAGAUUUUCUCAUGUGAUCUUUCUCUGGAUCGCCUUGAACUCAAGGAUAUCUCCCAGAGAUGUUCCAGCAGUUUGAAAAUAACAAGGAUUCCAGACUCAAUGCUAGUUCUGCUGGUUAAUCUGAUGUAGCAUUGAGAACUAUGUACAUUGCUGCUGAAACGUUUGAUUAUUCAGGAGUGUUUCAGACUGGAAUAGUUUCUUCUGAUAGAGCACCAAUGUUUUGUAGUUGAUAAUGAACUAAUAUUAACCUACAGAAAGAUACUUUGGUCAUGGAAAAACUAAACAUUUUGACAGUAGAAACGAAACCUGUUAAAUCCUACGUCUAAGUGACAGAUGGCAGGGUGUAUCUGUAAGAUUGUACAGAAUUGACUGCUGUGUGCAUUUCCAUCUUUGUUUUCUCUUUGGUGGGUCGGAGGGCAAUGGAAGUAGACAAGACUUGGCGUCGUCUCUUGUGACUGGCUGAGAGGAAAAGUAAACCCAUACUCACUGUGUGCCAGUCCAAUUCAGUCAUGCUUUACCUGGAGCUAGUCUUUGGUAAAAGACUGAGUCAUUUUUAAAUGCUGCUUUUACUGAAAGCUGCACACCAUCCCUGGAUCACACCAGCCUACAUGUGUAAUAUAAGGUUUUCUGCAAACCUUCAGUAAAUCUCUGGUUAUGUAAGUGAAACCUGUUUUUGAGCACCGGCAAGACUUUUUUUUUUUUUUUUUUUUUUUAUUUUUUUUUUUUUUUUUUUUUUUAUUAUCCUUCUUUUUUUUUUUUUUAAACUGCCAGGUUGUUUUGCCACUCAAAAGCAUGCCUGUGUAUUGCACUACAGCCACAAGCAUUUAACACUGUUACCGGAGAGGAAGGCACUUCCUGCUUAAACAUCAUGUAAACUUAGGGUUUGCUUAGAUAGCUUAACAACCACAUUUAAAGAGAAAUGAAAUUGCAAACCAUACUGCGUAAGAAACCUGCAGUAGGAGAGCACAGACAGCCAGGUUUCCCUUCGUUAGGUUGGUUCUGUCCACAGUCAGCCAUUGUCAAACACACACAUUUAAAGAGUGACAGUGCUUUUUAAAUGUUAAAUACUUUACAAAGAUAGUUGUAGGGGUAAGGUAACUGCUAUUUCAACAAGCAUAAAGCAAGUUUAUAUAUUUCUCUAAUAUAUAAUCUCUGCAUGCAUGUGUACAGCAGGCAGCUUUGAUACUGUUGCUUUCUUUAAUACAGGAGGGAAAUCCUAAAGUAAAAAUAACAUUUUAAUAAGGGGGAAAAAAACGGACUGCAUUUGUGAGUGUCUUAUGCUAUUGUGAUGUUAUUUGUAUAUUGACACUUUAAAUUGUUAAUAGUGAAAAUGUAUUUUAGAUUUUUACAUAAGAUGUUCACACAAUAUACUUGGCUUUCUGUGGUUGAAAGUUUUAUUUUUGUAAUAUGUGUUUGAACUUAGUUAUGGUUCUGUGUUCAGAACUUGAGAAAGAAGAGUAAAAGGAAACCUUGCUUGUUUGAAAUAAAUAACCUCAAAGAAA